UCCGUAAGCCCCGCCUCUUCUGCUCUCAGCCCCACCAGCACACGCACUGUCAACUCACCCGCUCAACUUUACUCGAUCACUGGAUUUUACAUCACUUUUGGAGUACCAAAACUUACUUUCCCGGUGUGAAACGUUAUUGGACCUGCGUCAUAGGACAUGGAGGUUUAGGAGGGGUGAUUGUCGUUGUAACGAGUAAGAUUUGGGCCAUAUUUCGUGUUUGAUGGCUGCUGGGGAUGGAGCCCAGCUGCCAGCGACCGUAGCGGCCAGCAGGAGCGUGGAGAAGGCGCUGGAAGAAGCUGCGUCCAGCGGAGCGCUCAUCCUCUCCAACCGCAAACUAAAAGAGUUCCCCCGCACCUCCAAGAACUAUGACCUGUCCGACAUUACGCACGCAGACCUUUCAAAGAACCGGCUCUGUGAGGUUCCAGAGGAGGUGUGUCAGUUUGUCUCUCUGGAGACGCUCAGCCUGUACCACAACUGUGUGCGAUCCCUCACGCCCAGCCUGUGCCAGCUGCAAGCCCUCACCUACCUCAACCUCAGUCGUAACCAGCUGUCCAGUCUACCACCCUCAGUAUGUCAGCUCCCUCUCCUGCGUGUGCUCAUCGUCAGCAACAACAAGUUAUCAGUGCUACCGGCCUCUAUACACACACUCACACACCUUCGACAACUGGAUGUGAGCUGUAAUGAGCUACAGUCACUUCCCGUUGAGCUCGGCCAGUUAGAAUGUUUAAGGGAUUUAAAUCUGAGAAGAAACCAGCUUGCAACUUUACCAGAAGAGUUGUCAGAGUUGCCUCUCGUCCGUUUGGAUGUGUCGUGCAACCGCAUAUCCAACGUGCCUGUGUGUUACCGUCAUCUGCGGCACCUCCAAAGCAUCAUCCUGGACAACAACCCCCUCCAAAUGCCCCCUGCCCAGAUCUGCUCCAAAGGAAAGUUCCACAUCUUUAAAUAUCUGAACAUGGAGGCCUGCAAAAGGACUCAGGACCAGUUUGAGAAAGCUCUGCGGCCCACAACCUUCAACAACUGUCUAGAUCAGGACCUGUUCCCCGGUCAGUAUGGUGGCCUGGAUUCUGGCUUUAACAGCGUGGACAGCGGCAGCAAAAGAUGGUCAGGAAAUGAGUCUGCUGACGAUUUCUCGGAACGGUCAUUGCGAUUGACUGACGUUUCCCGCGAACACACAAAUUUUCAAGAGGAAGAGGAGAGAGAUACGUCACUAGAGACACCCAAAGUGAAUGGAGAGCUGGAGCAAGUGGAUUUCAUAGACAACAGCGUAAUGGAGGAAGAGGAGGAGAGGUGUCACCUUCCACUUACAGAGUCCCCUCAGGAAAAUAGUGAAAGUUCCAGCAGCACUUCCUCCCAGAGCCCUGAUUCUACAGGCAGCAGGAUAUUUGUGAUUGGAGAUGGUUCAGACUCCGGCUCACCAUCCAGUCCCACUCUAGAGGAGAGGAGGAGGCCUGGAAACUUGCUUAUCUGGCAGGAAAGAGAAAGAGCCCAGCAACAGAGAGACAAAGCCAGCACUUUGCAGAAGAUUAUUGUAAAAACAGGAAGUAACUUGGCGACGACGACAAAGCACGGAGGAACAGGAAGCAUUUCAGGUGGUGAUUCAGAUAGCAGCUCUCCACCCAACGGCCCGAAACAGAGAUGUGCAAGUGCAGAUCAGAUUUCUCAGUCCUCUCACACAGGGUCAUUGCAGCGCUCCAUCAGUCGCACAGAUGCGCCCUCCGUAAAGCCCUGUUCUCCUACAGGUUCUGCUCCCAAACCCAACAGCUUCUUAUUCCGCACGUCUUCACGCUGCAACGUCAAGACUGGAUCAGGAAACAGUUUGGCGGAGUCUGGCCGCAGCGAAUCACGCUCCACACUCAGAUCCCCACGAGAGGACAGAACAGACAUCAUGCAACUGCGCAAAUGUUUGGAGUCACGUCUCAAGAUCUCUCUGCCUGAUGAUCUGGGAGAGGCGUUGUCCAAUGGCACAGUUCUCUGCCAGUUGGCCAAUCACGUGCGACCUCGUUCCGUGUCAAUCAUCCACAUCCCCUCUCCGGCAGUGCCAAAGCUGAGUGCUGCCAAGUGCCGCCUCAAUGUCGAAAACUUCAUUGCUGCAUGUCGUAGGCUGGGAGUCCCUGAGAUGGAGUUGUGUUUAGCGUCUGAUGUCCUGUGCAGUAAGAUACCUGCAGUGCAUCGCUGUGCGACGGCGCUCCUGGCAAUAGAGGAGGAGGACGCACUGUGUCCAUCGCAGUUGAUUCUGGAGGAAGAGGGGCUCACGCGCGUCGCUCAGACUGUUCAGGCUCUUCUGGAGGUGCCCACAUCAGGUGCCCGUCGCUCAUCCCGCCAGGACCCAUCAGGGAUUCCCCUUCAAGAUGGCUCCUCCUAGAGUCAUCGAGUUAUUUUUCUAGCACAUGUCAAAUACGAUUUUUUUUUAAAAUGUUAGAAAUGAUUAUAAGCCAUUGUGUAAUAGCUCAAACGAUUAGCAUUUUCUCCUGUUGCAACGCAUGUACAGAGAGUUUUUUAUGUAAAUUACAAGAAAAAUUCAUUGUGGCUAUUGAAACAGACAAAAUGAUGCACAAUAAAGCAAAUUUAACUUAAAA